ACCAUUAAUCGAUACGAUUGUCAUUGAUGGAAUUAAUAAUAAGAAGAGAAACGCAUAUGUAAAUAUGCAUAUGCCCACGAUAACUCUUAUAUUUCUGUAGUGUUCUGUGAUCAAAUAGUUCUAGAUUGAUAAGGAUAAGAUAAUAGUGUUCCACAGUUGAAUUUACAGACAGACAAGAGGAUAAAAUGUUGAUUAGCUGUCUGUGUGUAUUGGGGGUGGUGGCCUUUACGAAUGCCAAAGCAAUUAAAGACUCGUUGGACGAUAUUCCAUACGACUUGCUACUGAAGUUAAAGGAACUCGCGGCUCAAUACGACUACCCGGAUUAUUACACAGGACCUGAGCCCGAUGAUGCAUCCGGAGCAUUACGGGAAGUGCCGAACUGGCCGACGGAGAGAACGAGGCCUCUGAUUGGUCAGGUUGGCGGUCUUGCGGUCGACUCGGAGGGUCAGGUGGUCGUCUUUCACAGGGCCGAGCGUCGAUGGGACGCAAGUUCGUUUGUCUUUAACCGGUUGAACCCAGCCCUGGGGCCAAUCAAAGGGGAUGUGUUCCUGAAACUUCUGCCCGAGUCGGGCGAGGUGCUAUCCCAGUUUGGAGGUGGACAAUUUUACAUGCCGCACGGUCUGACCCUCGAUGCAGAUGACAACAUGUGGAUUACAGACGUCGGUCUGCAUCAAGUGAUGAAGAUUCCCAAGGGUUCGACCACGCCCAGUCUCGUGCUCGGGGUCAAGAUGGAGCCCGGAAGUGACGACACCCACUUCUGUAAGCCGACAGACGUGGCUGUGGCCUCCACUGGGGAGUUCUUCGUGGCUGAUGGGUAUUGUAACAGCCGCAUCCUGAAGUACUCCAGCUCAGGGACACUUCUGACCAAGUGGGGACGCCCUAUGUCAGGUACACGUGCACCGGAAGUUGACCAGCUCUACAUACCGCACAGUCUCGCGCUGGUCGAAAACAAGGACCUCAUUUGUGUGGCGGACAGGGAGAACUCACGGAUCCAGUGUUUCGACGCGGGCCUCAACGGCACCACUGCCGGCACAUUCAGGAAGAGCCUACAGCCCAACCGAGGAACCAUAUACGCCAUUGAGUACGACCCCAACAGUGACGUCAUAUACGUUGUGAACGGGCCCGGCAUGAAUGACAUUAUAGAGGGCUUUACCCUGGAUCUUGACGGCAACAUACUUGAGACGUGGGGCCCACGUGGCACGCCGAUGGAGCAUCCCCAUGACGUCACCGUAUCACGUGACGGUAUCAAUGUGUACGCUGGUGACAUUGGUCAAGACCCGAGAGUGUACAAGUUUGAACGACCCUACGGUAUGGCGAAAACCGCUGGGACUCCACCAUACGCCAUCAUAGGCUAAUUCAUGAUAAAACCAACUUUUGUAUCAGGAUAUAUGAUAGUGUUUAUAUUUUUCGUGUUGUCAAUAAGUCAAAAAAGUAAUUAAGACCAACAAUACCAAACUGA